UAUAUAUAUAUAUAUAUGGUCAGAGAUCAACAAACAAAUAAGAUGAAAUUGACAACAAUCAAUAGUAUGUUAUGGAUGAAAGAAAGAAAAGAGAGUAAUACAUACUACUAAUAUACAAAGCUAUGAGAGUGAUUCACAAAAACCACCAAAUUUUGUUCGAUUAUUGCAUGACACGGUGGAAUGAGGUGUGCCAUCAUUUGACCGGUUGAUAACUAACCACAAUCAGUUUUUUGUUGAUUUUUUAACGCCGAAGAAGCAUUUGCCGAUUUAAACUUGUGUAUUUUGGUUGAGAUCGAGAUGUUUCAAUAUGGGCCAAAUCCGAUUUAUCAAUGGGCCUAAUAAUGGGCUUAAAACAAAUAAGGGAUGUGUUGUAUCGACUUCCCACGCUUUUGUUGGUGUCUCUAUUUCUCUUCCUCUUCCUCUUAAGGCCCGGCCCAUGGCUAAAGUUGAUGAAGCUAGGGUUUUAAGCAUCACAGAUAUAAAAGAAUUUAGAGGCAGUCGUUUCCAAUAUCUCCCUGUGGCACAGCGGUUAAGGCUCCUCAUAUCUCCCUUUGAAAGGUUUCAGGUUCGAGCUCGUUGCCAUACAAUAUUUUGAGUCUCCUCCUCAACUUAUUGAACUCUUGUCGUUUCGUCGUCCCUUUCCGAAUUUCUGCUAACUUGAGAGGGGUCAUGGUGUGGUGUAACCAUUGUGCGAAGAAUGUUCCCGGAAUUCGCCCCUUCGACGGUGGUUUGGCAUGUGAUUUAUGUGGGAGGAUAUUGGAAAACUUCAAUUUUUCUGAUGAAGUUACAUUCGUUAAGAAUGCGGCUGGACAGAGCCAAGCGUCAGGUAACAUAGUGACGAGUGUUCAGAGUGGGAUUCCAAGCUCACGUGUACGAAGAUUUAGAAUAGCUAGAGAUGAGUUUAGGAAUUUGAAAGAUGCCUUGGGAAUUGGUGAUGAAAGAGAUGAUGUGAUUGACACGGCUGCCCGAUUCUUUGAAAUGGCAACUGAACAAAACUUCACCAAAGGGCGCAGAACUGAACUUGUACAGUCUUCCUGUCUCUACUUGACUUGCAGAGAAAAGAAAAUUCCGUUUCUACUUAUUGAUUUUUCAAGCUACCUUCGAGUUAGCGUUUACGAGUUAGGUUCUGUGUACUUGCAACUCUGUGAAAUGUUCUACCUUGUGCAAAACGGGAACUAUGAGGAGCUUGUUGAUCCUUCAAUCUUCAUUCCUCAAUUCAUGAACAACUUAUUGAAAGGUGCACACAAUAUAGCAAAAAAUGUCUUGGAUAAGGUCUUGGGUACGGCUACAAACAUUAUAUCUAGUAUGAAGAGAGAUUGGAUGCAGACCGGCCGGAAACCAAGUGGAAUAUGUGGAGCAGCAAUUUACAUAGCUGCACUUUCUCAUGGUAUCAUGUGCUCUAGGGCAGAUAUUGCAAAAAUUGUGCAUAUGUGUGAAGCAACAAUAACCAAAAGAUUGGAUGAGUUUGCUAAUACCGAGGCUGCAAGUUUAACUGUUGAUGAGCUUGAUAAAAGCGAAAAUAUAUUGCGUGAAAAACCUUUUAGCCCAAGACCAAAUUCUGACGAAGGAGUAGUGAACUGUAAGCAUAAGGAUUUAAAACGUUUUGGUUUCGGAUUAUGUAAGAGCUGUCACGAUGCUUUCAUGAAAAUUUCUGGUGGAGUUGUUGGUGGGUCGGAUCCUCCUGCUUUCCAGCGAGCAGAGAAAGAGAGAAUGGAAAAAGCAGCUAGAGAAGAAAACGAGGGAGCAAUUGAGAAAAGUGAAGGAGAAACAGAUUGGGAUGCUGAAGCUCCGGAUGAAUCAGGCAAUCUUUCUGACCUCGAUGGUGAUGCUGAGGUGGAUGGCUGUUUUCUCAACGAGGACGAAAAGCUCAUGACGAAGAUCUCAUGGGAAUUAGAUAACAGAGACUAUCUUGAGGUGAAUCUUGAAGCUGUGGCGAAAUCUAGAAAGGAAAAGCGACAAAAACGUGCUGAGGAAGCAAAGAACGCGCCUCCACCAGCUACAGCCAUGGAAGCAGUUCGCAGAAUAGUUAAGAGAAAGAGACUCAGUGGAAUCAACUGCGAUUUUUUGGACGAGCUCUUAGAUAAUGUGCCAGCGGAGAAGUCACAGAAGAAACCGAGAACCGAGACAGUUACAGAGAAGAAGAAGGAAGAGCAUGAGAUUGUUGAAGAUGAAGAAGCAGCAUACGAGAUGAACACAGAUGAGAAAUUCUAUGAAGACGAAGUGGAAGAGGAAGAGGAAGAGGAUGGUUAUGAUUUUGGAUUGUACUAAUGAUACUUUAUAUUAUCUAGUUAUAUUUUGAUUCAUUUUUAUUUUGCCGGACUAGUUAAACAAAUUUGUGCAUUAGUAGUGUAGGAGUACCCAAAUUGGUGUUUACUAUCUUCUAGUAUGUCGAUUUGCCGAUUCUAGUAGUUUUAGUGCCA